AUGGAGUUUCUAGUGGCAGUCGGGACAGGAAUUGUGUCAAAACUUGGGGAGAUGUUAAUGGAUCCCGUCACAUCGCAAUUCAAACAUCUGAUUCACUAUGAGAAAAAUAUCAAUAAAAUGAAGAAUGAACUCAACAAUUUGAAAGACAGGAAGGGUGCGAUUGAAGGAAUGGUGGACGCAGACAGAAGGAAUGGACGUCACGUUGCUCCAAAUGUUGAACACUGGCUCUACCAAGUGGACAACGUUGUAGAAAAUGAAUUACAUAAAGUGUACGAUGAUGAGUUAGUCAACAAGAACAAGAAAUGCCUCAACGGGUUGUGUCCAAAUUUGGUGUUUCGUUAUUCACUGAGCAAGAAAGCAGGAAAAAUGGUGCAAGAUCUUGUUUCCCUGAAGGAGCAAAAAUUUGAGUUCAUAUCCUACCCCGCACCUUUGCCAACACUAGGAUCCACUUUCACAGAAGGAAUUAAGAGCUUUGCCUCAAGAGACUCAAUUAUGACCGAGGUUGUAGAGAAAUUGAAGGGUGAUGAGCUCCACAAGGUAAGCCUCUGUGGUAUGGGUGGUGUCGGGAAAACCACAUUGGUGAAAGAGCUUAUCAAAAUUUUAGAAGCAGAUAAGGUGUUUGAUGAAAUUUCAAUGGCUAUCGUGUCCCAAGUUCCUGACUAUAGAAAGAUUCAAGGUCAAAUUGGUGACACCUUAGGCUUGAAACUUGAUAAGGAAACUUUGCAAGGAAGGGCAAGUCAACUACUUGAGAGGCUUAACAAGAUCAAUAAGGUCCUCGUAGUGCUGGAUGAUGUAUGGACAGAGCUGGAUUUCGAGUUGAUAGGGCUUCCUUCAAAUGGGCAUUGUCACAAGGGCUGCAAAGUUUUAUUCACAUCAAGAAAUGAAGAUGUGUGCCAUAGGAUGAGAAGUCAGAGGAACUUCACUAUCCCCGUUCUUUCUAAAGAAGAAGCAUGGGAUCUCUUCAGAGAUACAGUAGGCGGUCAUGUUGUGGACAAAGCUGAGAUCCAUAACAUAGCAAAAGAGGUUGCAAAUGAAUGUAGGGGCUUGCCAAUUGCUAUUGUCACAAUAGCAAAAGCACUAGGGAACAAAGAGAAGCAUGUAUGGGAGGAUGCACUUGAUCAGCUGAGAAAGUCUUCACUAACUUCCUUCUCAGAGAUGCAAGAAUAUUCUAUAUAUUCAUGUAUUGAAUUAAGCUAUAACUUUCUAGCCAAUGAAGAAGCUAAAUUUCUCCUUUUGCUUUGUUGCUUAUUCCCAGAAGACUUUGACAUUCCCAUUGAAGUUUUACUCAGAUAUGGAGUCGGCUUAGGUUUGUUCAAGGAUCUGGGUGCUUUGUGUAAAGCAAGGAAUCGAGUGCAUACCUUGGUUGAUACUCUAAAGAAGCGGUUUUUGUUGCUGGACAGCAAUGAGGAAGAGUGUGUGAAAAUGCAUGAUGUCGUUCGUGAUACUGUCAUAACAAUUGGAUCCAGAGAAGAGCAUGGAUUUGCAGUGAAAUAUGAUGCUGGACAGGUAGGGUCAAAGGAGUUCACAUGGCAUCAUAGUGCAAUCUCACUUGUGUUUGAUGAGAUUAAGACGCAUCCUAAGAGUUUGCAGUGUCCAAAUCUUAGACUCUUACAAAUUUUUUUAAAGAGAAGAGAGCCCAUUUCAGAAAAUUUCUUCCAUAACAUGAGCAACCUAAUGGUUUUAGGCAUAAGCAAUCUGUGCAUUCCAUUAAUGUUAUCUCCAUUCCGAUCACUCAACAACCUGUGCACCUUACGGUUGGAAGAUUGUCAGGUUGGAGACAUAUCGGUAAUAUGUAAGGAGCUAAGGAAACUGGAAGUGUUGAGCUUUGCCCACUCAAAUAUCAAAGAAUUGCCAGCAGAAAUAGGCAAACUAAGCCUUCUAAGACUGUUGGAUUUGACAGAAUGCAAUGAACUUGAACAGAUGUCUUCUGGGGUCCUAGCUAGCUUAUCUAACUUAGAAGAACUUUAUCUUAGAGUCAGGAAUUUCCAUUUGGAGGAAAAGAAUUCCAUUCUUGCAGAGCUCAAAUCUCUUUCUCAUCAGCUAAAAGUUCUUGAGAUUUCACUAACAGGAAUUCAUAUUUUUCCUAAAGAUUUGGAGUUCAAAAACUUGGUUAAGUUCUGGAUCUAUGUGAGAGACCCAACUACUCUUUCCCAUGGCUUUGUUCGUCGGGGUUAUCUAUACCCUAACAUCCUUAAAGUAAACAGUGUGUACCAUAAGGACAUUAAAGAGAAUGUGGCAAUUCAACAGUUGCUUAAGAAAUCUGAAAUUCUCAACCUUGUGAAUGUAAAACAAUUAGAAAACGUGCUCUAUGAGUUGGAUGAAGAAGGUUUUCCGCACUUGAAAAAUCUCAGCAUUGAAUUCUGCAAUGAUCUGAAGUAUUUAACAGAUGAAACUGUCUAUGCUUCAAGUUGUGUCUUCCCACUGGUUCAGUCAUUGUCUCUGCACAAUUUGGACAAUUUAAGAGAGAUAUGCCAUGCCAAGAGUUUCACCUCUACUUGCCAAUGCUUUGGCAGCUUGAGUGAUUUGAGAGUAGAAUUCUGCAACAAGUUGAAGUAUGUCUUUUCACCAUUUCAGGGGUCAAGUGUUGGGAUGCUUCAACGCUUGCAUGUGACUGAAUGCUAUGUGAUUGAAUGUAUUGUCUGCAGAGAAAUCCAUGACGAGAAUUCAGUGAUCAUGUUCACAAAUUUACUGGAACUGAAGCUUCAAGAACUCCCAAGACUGGUUGGGUUCACUAUGCCGGAUCAUAAGAAUGAGCUUCACGUAUUAAAGGCCCAGGUUCAAGAAAAACAGAAGCUUGAUGACGGCCCACAUCUGCCAGGGUCCCAUUCGACAUUAGGAGAUGAUGGAUCUGUUCAGAUUGGUGGUGCACUAUUUGAAUCCAUGUGGACGCCCCUUUUCCCAAAAUUGGAGAAAAUCUUAUUACUUGAGUGCUCUUUGUUAGAUACAGUCUUUGACUUGAAACAGUUAGAAAUCAAAGGCCAGCCAGUUCCUAUGUUAUUUUCUCAACUCAAAGAAAUAGAGAUAUCUUGGCUUAGCAAGCUAAGACAUAUUUGGAGAAACGUUCCAAGUUAUAUUCAGGGCUUUCAAAACUUGAGAUCACUCAAAGUCAAGAAAUGUGAUGCUUUAAGAAGUAUCUUUAUUCCAACCAUUGCCAGAACACUCACAGAGCUUCAGAAGCUGGUGAUACACAGUUGCCAGUUGAUGGAGAAAAUUGUUGGAGAUGAUGAUGGAGGGGAACCAGAGAAAGUGGAAACUCUAUUGUUUGCCAAGUUAGAUUCUUUGACACUCAAGGACCUCCCAAACCUUGUGAGAAUUUGCCCAGAUUUUUAUGAGCUAACCUGGCCAUCUCUGAGAUAUUUAUGCAUCGAAGGGUGUCCCCAGCUGAAGACAUCUUCAAUGCCAAUUCAAAACCUGGCAAAGCAAGAGAAUCUCAACAACUUUUCAGAUUCUACUCUCCAGGAUGUUGGUUUCAGCACUCCCAGGUUUCUCCCUUGUUGCCUUGGAUGCACUCCAUCAAAUAUUGAGAUUUCCAACUCAAUGGCCAGAUCAAAUUUCCAAAGAUCAGGAAAGAUCAGCAACCAGGCUAGUUUGACCAGAGACCAUAUCUCUUCUGAUGUCAAAGAAAUAUAUGCUAGAGAAGAAAUGAGGUCCUACAUGCCAAAUCUGGAACAACUUCAAGUCAAAGGCUGGGAUUCAUUAGAUGUCAUAUUCCAGCUUGAACAAAACCAGCAUCCCAAUGCUAGUGCAAACUGUAUAGUAAAACUGGUGCCCAUGUUGACAAGUCCAGUGGAAAUCACCGGCUUCAACAACCUCACGCUGCUAAGUUUAGAAGCUUGUCAGAAUUUAAGAUAUCUGUUCUCUCAUUCCAUAGCAAGGCUUCUUGUGAAAUUGCAAGAUGUGAAGGUAUCAAACUGUAGGAUGGUGGAGCAACUGGUCAAAAGCGAAGAUGGCUCAGUUGUAUCUUCUUCUGCAAACUCUCUUGAAGUUUUUGAGAAUGCAUUACCAAAUCAUGCAACAUCCCUCUCCAAAGAUUCAUUUGUCUUAGAGUUUCCAUCCCUGAAGAGAAUCACCGUUAUUAACUGCAGCGUGCUAGAAGUUAUCAUCAAGAAUGGAGAGUGGACAACAGACCUGACUUCAUUUGAUCAUGUUCAGUCUCUUACUUUAAGCCAUCUGCCAAAUCUUGUGAGCUUCUGCAACCAACCUCAUAUUCGUGAGCAAUGGAAAUACAGAGGCAACGGCCGUCAUCAACAAGAUUUGGCAGAUCAGGUAGCAAAUGGCUAA